CAGUAUUCAACACCAAGCAUUGGUGGGUGUAUAUUCUUGAGUAUCAAAAAGUAUCGUAUGGGUAAGCUCAGGUUGGCUUGAAAAGUAACGGCAAAAUAUUGAAAACGACGAAGAAGUACUCAAAACGACUUCCCAUUUGGCUCCAUUGUAAUUAUGUGAACGGUUCUAGGGCAAACACAAAAACUUCAAUUUCCCGCCCAAAUCUUCUCAGACAAGUAGUAGAACAAUAAUUUAGUGCUACAUGUAGUAGCUCUACCACCGAUCGAAAACCCUUCCAUCGGCAUUCAUUUCUCUGCAACUCUCUCUCAAGCACCGUUACUUCAGUAGCUUAGGGUUAAGACUUAGAAGCUCAAAAUGGUGGCCCAUGACGGAAUGAAGGACGAAUCUCCUGCUGCUGCUGCUGCAGAUUCUCCAACUUCUGUCCUCGAAGAUGAGGAGAAAAUUGGAGUCAAGUUGGAGGAAGAAAUACUUCUGGAUGGGAAAAAUGGAGAUUCUUCUAUUAUAUCAAGAGUCAUGGCAGAGGAGGAAGAAAAGCUGCUGGAAGCCCGGGUGAAGGAAGGAGAAAGAGUGAAUGAGCCCGAGGAGCAACCCUGCUUGAAUGACACCCAGUUCACUAAAUUAGACGAGCUUCUAACGCAAACCCAGCUUUACUCAGAAUUUCUGCUGGAGAAAAUGGAUGACAUCACAUUUAAUGGAGUUGAAGAAGACAAUGCAACUGUGAAAGUGAAAAAGAGAGGUCGCGGUUCAAAAAGAAAAGCAGCAACAGAUUAUAACAAUAGGAUGGCAAAAAGAGCAGUUGCGGUAAUGCUUACAAGGUCUCAAGAAGGCACUGCUCCGAAAGAUAUGAACCUCACUGAGGAGGAGAGAACUGAGAAAGAGCAGACUGAACUUGUUCCUUUGUUGACUGGUGGAAAGUUAAAGUCCUACCAAAUUAAAGGUGUGAAAUGGAUGAUAUCUUUAUGGCAAAAUGGGCUAAAUGGGAUCCUAGCAGAUCAAAUGGGACUUGGAAAGACAAUUCAAACUAUUGGCUUACUAGCACACUUAAAAGGCAAGGGUUUGGAUGGGCCCUACUUAGUCAUUGCCCCUCUUUCUACCCUCUCAAAUUGGGUAAACGAGAUAUCUAGGUUUGCUCCCUCUUUGAAUGCAAUUAUCUACCAUGGGGAUAAGAAGGAAAGAGAUGAGACAAGGAGGAAGCACAUGCCGAGAACAAUAGGCCCCAAAUUCCCCAUUAUAAUUACUUCAUAUGAGGUUGCUUUAAAUGAUGCGAAAAAGCACUUGAGACACUACAAUUGGAAAUAUAUUGUGGUUGAUGAGGGUCACAGGUUAAAAAACUCCGAAUGCAAAUUAUUUAAGGCACUGAAGUUGUUACCAGUUGAAAAUAAGCUUCUAUUAACUGGGACUCCUCUGCAGAACAAUUUGGCUGAGCUUUGGUCCUUAUUGAACUUCAUUUUGCCUGAUAUAUUCUCAUCCCAUGAAGAAUUUGAGUCAUGGUUUGAUUUUUCGGGAAAGUGCAACAAUGAAGCCAUAAAGGAAGAAUUAGAGGAGAAGAGAAAGGCUCAAGUGGUGGCCAAACUCCAUGCUAUAUUGCGUCCCUUUCUCCUUCGAAGAAUGAAAGCAAAUGUUGAGCAGAUGCUCCCUCGGAAAAAAGAGAUUAUAUUAUAUGCCAAUAUGACUGAGCAUCAAAAAAAUUUGCAGGAUCAUCUAGUUAAUAAGACCCUGGAAAAUUAUUUGCUAGAGAAGGUGGAAGCUGGAUGUGGUAUGAAAGGCAAGCUUAAUAAUCUGAUGAUUCAGCUUCGGAAGAACUGCAACCAUCCUGAUCUCUUAGAGUCAGCCUUUGAUGGCUCUUGUCUCUAUCCACCUGUAGAACAGAUGGUUGAACAGUGCGGCAAAUUUCACUUGCUGGACAGAUUGCUGGCAAAACUAUUUACUCGCAAGCACAAAGUUCUAAUCUUCUGCCAGUGGACUAAGAUAUUAGAUAUACUUGAUUACUACUUUAGUGAAAAGGGAUUCGAGGUUUGUAGAAUUGAUGGUAGUGUGAAAUUGUCUGAAAGGAAAAGACAGAUCAAGGAGUUCAAUGAUUUGAACAGUAAUUACAGGAUAUUUCUCCUCAGCACCAGGGCUGGUGGGCUGGGUAUCAAUCUAACUGCAGCUGAUACCUGCAUUUUAUAUGAUAGUGAUUGGAAUCCCCAAAUGGAUUUACAAGCAAUGGAUCGGUGUCACAGAAUAGGUCAAACAAAGCCCGUUCAUGUUUACAGGCUGGCAACAGCUCAAUCUGUGGAGGGUCGAAUUCUGAAAAGAGCUUUCAGUAAGUUAAAGCUUGAGCAUGUCGUGAUUGGGAAGGGGCAGUUUCAGCAAGAAAGAACCACAUCUAACAGUACAGAUCUUACCGAGGAGGACAUGCUGGCACUGCUCCGAGAUGAAGAAGAUCCCGAAGAACGGAUGAUACAAACGGAAAUCUCUGAUGAAGAUUUGGAAAGGGUUUUGGACCGCAGUGAUCUGCUUGGUGGUACGCCAAAUGAAGAGGGAGAACCAGAUGCCGCUGUUAGUUUGUUUCCCCUUAAAGGGCCUGGUUGGGAGGUGGUGAUGCCAACUGCAAGUGGAGGCAUGCUCUCCAAUCUCAACAGCUGACAGACUGGUUUAGUGUAUGCGGGGUUUGGUUAGGGUUUUUGGAGUGGCGUACGCCUGUCAAUCUGCAUCGUUUUGGACCUGACAUUUUUUUGGAUGCUAAACUAUUCUAAGUCUUGUGUGAGCUGAAAAAUGCUUGUCGACAUAGCUUUCUUUCAUUUUGUAAAUGCGGAAAAGAUUCAAUUCUCUGGAAAGGAAGCUGAUAUUUUCAAAUGUAUUAAUCUAUAUGUAACAGUCAAAUUUGGGCAAUGUAAGGCUGAAUGUUCUAUUCUCUUCA